UGCAAAUACCCAGGCAUCAAUUUCGCCUUGUAUUCGUGCGUCGUCAAUUCUCUUGCUGCAACUGUCUGGCCCAACAUCUCGGUCCCUUCGCCAAUCGUCGCCGUCCUUCAAUCAGCAGCAUCGCGACCAUGGGCAAGAAGAAGCGCGGCCACCCCGAUAUCGAGGAGGUCCUCGAGCGGCCAUGGUGCUACUACUGCGAGCGAGACUUUGAAGACCUCAAGCUCCUCAUCUCCCACCAGAAAGCGAAGCACUUCAAGUGCGACCGAUGCCAUCGACGGCUAAACACGGCUGGCGGUCUGUCGGUGCACUUGAACCAGGUGCACAAGGAGACUCUGCAGCAGGUCGAGAAUGCCCUGCCUAACAGACAGGGCCUCGAGGUGGAAAUCUUCGGCAUGGAGGGCAUCCCCGCAGACAUCCUCGAACAGCACCGCAACCGCAUCAUCCAGACCUUCUACCAGGCCCAGGAGAGCCGGCGCAUCGCCACCGGCAACCCCGUACCCGGCGGGCAGGGCAGCCAGCCGCCGCGCAAAAAGAUCAAAUACGAAAGCAAAGAGGAGUUGGUGUCUCGACUGGCUGAAUGGCGGGAGAAGCGCCGUGCGGACAAGGAAGCGAUCGCCAAGGGCGAACCCGUUGGCGGGCAAUACAAUGAACAGUACCAGCCCCAACAGCAGCCCCAGCAACAACAGCAAGGCCACGAACCGUCGCCGUACGGAUAUCCUGCAGGCGGCAACCUCCCAGCGCGGCCCCCUGGCGGCGGUGCACCGGCAGGUCUGCCGCCUCGACCCGAGGGCCAGGCGUGGAACACGGCCGCGGCGCCCAGUGACGAAAUUGACAAGAUGAUUCGGAUGGCUGAGGCGGGCAUCAAGCCGCCGGGCAAGGCGGACGAGGGUGCAGGAGACGAGGGCGAUAAGAAGGCAGGGAAGAAGGAGAAGAAGGGACGGCUGUUCUACGACGACCCUGACACCAGCCCAGAGGAGAAAAUGGCCCGGAUGCCGCGGUACGCUGUUGCAGGUGCGGCCUGAGAUGAGGGCUGCGCAGCCGUGCUAGUGGGAGUCAUUGAGCUGGGCGGAUAAGCACGCGCGGGCUUAUUGCUGGUUUUGCUUGGGACAAUACUUUGAUUGGCGUUUCGGAAUCGAUCUUUGCUACAUUUGCUGCGUAUAGCUGUAUGAUGUGUAUACAAGAAGGCAUGAGGGGAAAAAGCUCUGAUCGGUU